AAUGAUUCAGCCUUUUCUACUCGCUACUUCUUUUUGAAGUCAGCUAGUAUGUAUUUGUAAUGUGAUAUCAAAGUUGACUGGAAUGUCUGAAGCACAACCAUCUUAGUCCCUCUGAUCACCCAUGUGGAAAACAACACUCUGGGUAGAGUAAUAACAGCCGUUAAAGGAGUCAUACUUUCUUGGUCCUUUUUGCUUGAGAUACUUGCUCUUGGAGCAGGUUUCACGCCGUAUGGGGGACUGAUUCUGAUUGAAACCGCAGAAGAUUAUACGUGUUCUUCUUUAAAAGAGGAAAUCUGUGUACUUUAUUGUCGGCUUCCAAAGAUUACUAACUUUUAUCUGUAUCACUAAAAUCAAACUGCCUUGGCUAUAUUGCUACUCUUAUUGCUGCUUCCGUUAUUGCCUUCCUCAGCAAAAUAAGGCUUUCAGAAGCCAAAGAAUAACACGAAAUAAGCACCAUUUUAGAAGCCUUUCCACUAUGAAACUUAAACUAAAUGUGCUCACCAUUAUUUUGCUGCCUGUCCACUUGUUAAUAACAAUAUACAGUGCCCUUAUAUUUAUUCCAUGGUAUUUUCUUACCAAUGCCAAGAAGAAAAACGCUAUGGCAAAGAGAAUAAAAGCUAAGCCCACUUCAGACAAACCUGGAAGUCCAUAUCGUUCUGUCACACACUUCGACUCACUAGCUGUCAUAGACAUCCCUGGAGCAGACACCCUGGAUAAAUUAUUUGACCAUGCUGUAUCCAAAUUUGGGAAGAAGGACAGCCUUGGGACCAGGGAACUCCUAAGUGAAGAAAAUGAAAUGCAGCCAAAUGGAAAGGUUUUUAAGAAGUUAAUUCUUGGGAAUUAUAAAUGGAUGAAUUAUCUUGAAGUGAAUCGCAGAGUAAGUAACUUUGGUAGUGGACUCACUGCAUUGGGACUGAAACCAAAGAAUACCAUUGCCAUUUUCUGUGAAACCAGGGCUGAGUGGAUGAUUGCAGCACAGACCUGCUUCAAGUACAACUUUCCUCUUGUGACUUUAUAUGCCACACUUGGGAAAGAAGCAGUAGUUCAUGGACUAAAUGAAUCUGAGGCUUCCUAUCUGAUUACUAGUGUUGAACUCCUGGAAAGCAAACUUAAGACUGCAUUGUUAGAUAUCAGUUGUGUUAAACACAUCAUUUAUGUGGAUAAUAAGACUAUCAAUAAAGCAGAGUACCCUGAAGGAUUUGAGAUUCACAGCAUGCAAUCAGUAGAAGAGUUGGGAUCCAAGCCAGAAAACUCAAGCAUUCCUCCAAAUAGACCGUCUCCUUCAGACAUGGCCAUUGUCAUGUAUACCAGUGGUUCUACUGGUCGACCUAAGGGAGUGAUGAUGCAUCAUAGCAAUUUGAUAGCUGGAAUGACAGGCCAAUGUGAAAGAAUACCUGGACUAGGACCAAAGGAUACAUAUAUUGGGUAUUUGCCUUUGGCUCAUGUGCUAGAAUUGACAGCAGAAAUUUCUUGCUUUACCUAUGGCUGUAGGAUUGGAUAUUCUUCACCGCUUACGCUGUCUGACCAGUCAAGCAAAAUUAAGAAGGGAAGCAAAGGUGACUGUACCGUACUGAAGCCCACUCUUAUGGCCGCUGUUCCGGUAAGUAUAUAUAGAGUAUGAAUAUGAACAGAACGGGGUCACUUAAAUAAUUUCUUGCUUACGUUUCUAUUUAUUACAAAGUAACAAUCUUAAAAAUAUGCAUACAUUUUUAAAUAAUUGUACUUUGUUGAAAUCAUGGCAAAUGUGUUCCUUAAAAUCUUAGAUAUAUUGAGAGAGAUAAGAUGGCAAAUUCCUGAAAUGUAUGCUGAUACUUGAAAAUUAGGUGAUGAAAAUGACUUAUUCAAAUUACCUCAUGUGAGAAGUAGAAUAUGCUCUAAAGAUCAUUUUGUUUAAUCUAUUAAUUUUUAAAAAUGAGGAAACUCUAGGCUGCCCUCAGAGAGAUGAGGCAGCAUUUCCAGGGUUAUGGAGUUGAUUAGUGACAGAGCUGAGCCUAGGAUGUGAGCCUUCUGUCCUUCUUAGCAUGACCAAGGAAAGUGCGAAUUUGAAAGAGAUCCCCAAAGAAAAAAGUUUAUUUCUAGAUAUUCAAAAUACUCAUGUAAAAUACUGCCUUUUUAAGAAACAGGAUAUUAUAUUUUUAUGCCUUGUAAUGAUGAAUUUUAAUACAGUAUAUCAAAUUUGCAUAAUUAAACAUAUUCUAGCACUUGGAAAACCCCAGGGAGAUUGUACAUCACUAUUGCUUGUAUUGCAAUCAGACUUUAAAUCUUAUCCCACUAUCUUUCAUAGAAUUACUUUAAUAUGUGGAAUGUCCAAAUUAGAUAAUCAAAUGUUCAGUCCAGGUUUUUCUAAGCAUUGCAGAUGCUUAGAAAAAUUAGAAGCCUUUUUAGCUUCUAAUUACAAAAUUACCAAAUAAUCAAAGUAUUAGGUCAGAGAAAACUCUGCUUUUUUAUUUAGAAGAGCUGUAGAAUUCAGCAGAUUUUUGAGACUUCUGACUAAAAACAUCAUGAAGUGAUGCUAAGGAUAGCUAGCGUAGUGCUUACUAUGUUCCAGGCUAAUCCUUCUCCUAAGACUUCUAGGUGGGUCCUGUUAUCCCCAUUUUAUAAAGAAAGAAACUUGCCCAAAGUCUCACAGCUUGUAGGUGAUAGACUUAAAGCUUGAAUUCUAUCAGUCUGAUGUCAAAGUCCAUGACUAUCUACUUAGGACUGUUUUGUGUUUUGUUUUUGCUUUAUUAUCUGAAGUAUAGGACUCCCUAGUAAAGUGCAUCCUUAUGUAGGAGGGGGAAGGGCCAAGGUGUCAAGGAAGUAAUCUCUGAUUUUAGGCAUAUUGUGUCUUCAGAGAAUCACUUUGGUAAAGAUGAAUA